ACUAAAAAUGGGAGGUUGCACCUCAGGCAUUACCUCUAAAAUGGGUGUUAUGAGGUGUACAAGGGCGUUUAAAUGGUGUAAUUCAGUGGUUGCUUCAGUAAAUAAGUGAAAUACUCUGAUGGUCAAUUAUUUUUAAUUUAAAAACCAUAUUGGAUGACGGAGAAUUUCCCACAAUACAACCACGCUCGAAUCCGCCAUUGAAACAAAACAAGAAGAUCGCCUCUGGUGCGUGUGUGACAAGGCCCUGUGUGUGAGAGGUAGGGAUUCAUGUGGGUGUUGUUUUUAAUUAUGAUAGCUCUCGGUGGUGUUGAGGUGCACCGGUAAUGUGCUGGAACUGUAUUAAUCAUUCCUCGUUUUAGCGUACCUAUAAGUUAACGCUACAACUGAUGAGCCAGAGUGAUGGAAAAAGAUGUGAGGCAAAGGAAUCGGCGUCGUGCCCGAGCACAGCGCAUGAAGGCUGUAGGUGAGAAAAAAUGUGAGAACGGAAACGAAACUGGGGACGAUGAGGUGGGAGUGCUGGAAAAACCUCAGAGACCUAUUCAUCGGCGAAGAAAGCUUCGCGAACCUCUGUAUGAAGAAGAUAUCAUUGAUGGAUUCGCAAUAGCAUCUUUCAAAACUUACAGUGAUUUGGAGCGGGCGGUGAAGCAGGCGGAACGGCGGGGUCUGAAGACGCUGGAGCCGCUGCCGCCGCCCGGAUCGACACCGGCCACCGUCCGACGCCGCCGGAAGAGCAGUGACGGACGCACCCAGGGCGGAGGGCACAGCUCCGGCGAUGGCUACUUCUGCGACCACAGUGCCAGCGACGACGGAAAGGUGUCCGACUCUGGAUCGGUUAUCUUCUCGACAGCGGGAAAACGCGAGUGUCCAACUCCGAACAGCGUGUCGCUGGCAAAACGAGAGAGUCCACCACCACCACCGAGCACCAGCGCCAAUGGUGCCCUGGUGACCUCUCCACACACCACGGCCGGCACCACGUGUGUGACAGCGCCGGCGGCCUCGCGCAGCCUGCCGGCCCACCAGGUCACCAUCGGUCCCCGGUGUACGGCGCCACCCAGUCGCGGAUUCCUGCCCCACCCGGGCCUGGCCACGUACCCGGCACCGUCGGCGGCACUCCGAGCGACCGGCGGCGACCCGACCGGCCGGCCGCCGCCACCGCCGCGGACGGCGUCCGACACUGUGCCACCGCCUGCCGCCGCCGCCACUGCCGCUGUCAGUGUCUCUUCCGCCGUCACCGUCACCGUCCCCUCAGCGGCAGAACCGCGGCCGUCGGCAGCUCCCACCGCCGCACCACCCCCGCCGCCGCCGGCCGCGUCGGCCCCGUCGGCCGCCGCGCAGUCACCGGUGCCGGGCCGAGCGCGGUUCGCCGUGCGCGACCUGGUGUCUCCGUCGGCGGCAGCGGCGCCGGUGGCGGCCGCCGGUCCGCCGCCACCUGGCCGCAACAAUGGCUGCUCGCCGGCACCGGCCUCUCUGCCGACGGCACCGGCGGCCAGCCGCGCCAAACCGCCGAGACAUAAGACGAGCAGCGGCAGCCCGGCGUCGGCUUCCUCUCGGCGUCAAAGUCCGGCGCUCGACCGACAACACCCGUACAGUGUGGCCGGCCUGAGCCGACUGCCGGGCCCGGCCGGCGCCGCUGCCGGGCCGGCCCCCCAGCGCACCCCGCCGGUCGCCGCUGUCCGCUCUCCCAUGUCGAUGGGCGUGUUCGCUCCGCCGCCGCCGCCGCCGCUGCUGGCCGGGGCCGGAGGACUGGGUCUGCCGCCCGCUGCGCCCGCUCCGCCGCCGCCGCCGCUGCCCGGUCACGAUGCAGCUAACAAGGCGGACCUGCUGCGGCGCGAGCUGGACACCCGAUUCCUGGCCUCCCAGGACCACAGUAUCUCGGUGGGCCCGCCGCCGUACCUGCGGCCCACCAGCGCCGAGCUGCACCAGCAGUCGCACCAGCACCACCAGCACCACCCGGCACCACCACCAGCGCUGCUGAAGUCUGUGCCGAAGCUGGGCUCGGUGAACUCGCCGUUCUUCCCGACCGGCUCAGCGCCGUCGAUGGCGACUCUGUCGCCGCUGUCGGCUCGGCCGCCGGCGCCCUCCUUCCUGCCCGGAGCGCCACUGCAGCUGACGGCUCCGAAGAAGACCGGCCGCUGGAACGCUAUGCACGUGCGGAUAGCCUGGGAGAUCUACAAGAACCAGCAGAAGUCGCCGGCGAGUGCGUGCGGUCCGGAGCGGGGAGCGGCCGGCCCGGCGGGGCCGCGGCCGGUGGAGCCGCCCCUCCUGCCCGGUUCGGGCGCGCACCUCCGGCCCUCGCUGAUGGAUGUGACGGGCGCGCCGCACCCGCUAGCACCUACCGGGUUCCCGCGCUACCCCAGCCUGGCGCCACCGGCGAGCGGUGCUUUCGGCGGCCUGCUGCCGCCCCCGCCCCCGCCCGGCGCCUUCCUGGACCGCCACGGCCCAGCGCCGCCGGCAGGCGGACACCCCUUCGCGGCGCUGGACUCGUGGAACAGGCUGGCGCGUCCCCCGGCGCCAACCAGCUCCUGGUCGUCUCUGAAGCCGGAGCCGCCGCCGGCCGCCCCGGGCCGGCCUCCGUACAGCCCUGCCCUGGAGGAGCGCGACCGGCGGCCCAGCUCUGCGGAGCGGCGCCGGACAGCGGCCACCCCGCCGCGCCGCGACCACUCUCGGUCUCCCAUCCGACUGAAGGCGGAGCCGCCCGAGCCGCGGCUCCACCACGAGGAGCGGCCCCGCUCCGCCGACCACAAGGGAGCGGCGGCGGCGCGGCAUAUGAACGGAGUGCUGCAGUCCCGCGAGCUCGAGCGGCUGGCCCGCGACCGCCAGCUGCUCGACCACAAGCUGCUCUGGGGACUGCAUGCGCCGGCCGCGUCGCCGUACGGCAUGCGUCCGCCGCCACCUCCGCCGCACGACUCGCUGCAUCUAGUCAACAGUUUCAAGUCGCCGUACCCGGGCGCGGUGCCGGGGCUCGGCCCGCCGCUCGGGCCGCUCGCCGGUCUGGCCGGCUGCUCGUCAAUGUCUCUCCGGAGGUUGGAGCCGCCGCCGGUGCCCGGCGCGCCGCCGCUGCCGGGCCUGCCGCGCCGGGACGCCGACCUGGGUCGGUAA